GCUGACCGGUCUCCAUUUCGCAGCGGACACUCAGACAACGCAGAGCCGCUCUCCGGACGAGCCGCGCCCGCUGUAGGACCCUCCUGUUCCCCGCAACUUUUCUCUCUCUUUGUGCCUGGUUCAGGCUGUUUAUCCCCGCUGUAAGUAUGAGUGUAGCGGUGGCAGAGGGCUGCUUUCUGUCCGCUCUGCAGCCCAACUCGUCCUGCACCGCCUAUGGGCUUCCCUCGGACGGUAUGUCUCCAGCCAGGAGGGUCCGAGAGCAAGUCCGGAUGCGACUGGCUGAGAAGAAGUCCUCCUCCCUGCCCAGGCUGGACGACUCUCUGUUUGGAUCAACAGACUACAGCUUUCCUGAGGCAAAGAGCUUUUCCCACAGCCACGGUUUCAGUUCCAGAUCCAUGAUACACACACCCAGCCGCGUCAUGGCUAUGCCCACAGCACCCCUUCGCUCCGGUUUCUCCUCUCGCUCUGCUGUGGACAGCAGCUCCAAGGUGAGCCAUAAAGCCUCCAGCACGGCCCAGAGCAGCUUUCGCUCCUUCCAGUCACAAAGCAGAAGCAGACGCUCCAAGUCACUGUGCCAAGCAGACCAGGAGGCCCUUCCUCUCACUGUGCUGCCUCCUCCAGAGAACGGCUCCUACAUGAUCACGGUGCCUCCCCCUGGCACCCUAAGGCGCAGCCUCAGCGGGACACUGGCCCAGGACAGAGGCUGCUGGCAGGCCGAGGAGCUGCCGUGUCAGUACACCUACAAAGGCCCGUCCCACCGCACCAUCAGCAGAAUCACCAACCGACAGCAGCAGCAGCAGAGCUCUGCCUUUGGCCAGGAGGGCUGGGUGGGGACUGGCAGGGGCGUCCCCAUGGCAGGGGACGGCUGGGGGACACAGUGGCAGCAGCAUGUGUCCAGGGCCAACCAUGCCAUGGGGACGGGCCAGUACCAAGCCCCUCUCCACCGGGCCGCCUCGCUCCGCAGUGUGAGGAGUGUCGGGAAAGGUGUGGAUAUCUUGGAUGGAGCAUCGAUACACAGCAACGACCCACUGGAAGAUAUGCAGAGUCUGGACAUGGCUACAGCUGUCAGAUAUCUGUCUGAGUCCGAUGAUGCCUUGCAAGUUCUGGGAGCUGCAUACAUACAACACCAGUGUUACCAUAGCAAUGAUGCCAAAAACCAGGUCCGUGCUCUGCAUGGCGUCCCAGCUCUUGUUCAGCUUUUCUCCAGUGACAGCCUAGAAGUGCAGCGCUUUGCCACCGGCGCCACGAGGAACCUCAUCUACGAGAAUGCUCAGAACAAGGCGGCACUCAUCGACGCCGGCGGAGUGAUGCGUCUGGUCAGCAUCCUGAGCAAACCCGACGAGGAGCUUCGAAAGACCAUCACAGGUGUCCUGUGGAAUCUGUCCUCCAGAGACAACCUGAAGGAGAAGCUGUCCAAAGAAGCUUUAUCAGAGCUGACAGAGAACGUACUCAUCCCUCUGUGCAGCAGCAUGCCACUCAGCCCGUCUGAGAAAGACAUCUUCUACAACACCAGCGGCUGCCUCAGGAACUUGAGCUCAGUCAAUGAGAGGACGAGACAGAAGAUGAGAGACACGCGAGGCCUGGUGGACUCUCUGGUGUCCUACAUUCAGCAAGCGGACAGGGCAGAUGACAAGGGUUUGGAGAAUUCAUUGUGUGUGAUGAGGAAUCUGUCCUACCAGCUGUACACGGAGCUUCCUCCCUCUGUCCGACACCGUCUGGAGGGCCCAACGAGAGCCUCCGCCUCCAGGGACAGUGAGGCCAUCGGCUGCUUUACUCUGUAUAACAAAAAGCACACUGAGCGUAACCAGAAUCUGUCCAUAUUGUCUGAGGUGUCCCGACAACCUAAGGGCUCCGAGUGGCUGUGGCACCCUAAUGUGGUGGCGCUCUACAAGCUCGUUCUGCAGAACAGCGACAGCAGCUCCACCAGCCGCGAGGCUGCCAUAGGUGCCCUACAAAAUAUCACUGCAGGGGAGGCCAGGUGGUCAUCGGUACUGAGUGGUGUGGUGGUGGAGCAGGAGAGGAUGCUGCCCAUCCUGCUGGAUCUGUUAGACACCAACAGUGACAUGGAGCUGAGGUCUCUGACCGGCCUGCUGAGAAAUCUGGCCAGGCACUCCACCAACAAAGACCACAUGGCUAAGAGCAUGGUGAACAUUCUGGUGUCCAAGCUGCCCAGUGAUGGCCUGCAGAAAACACCAUCCAGCGAGGUGGUGGUCAACAUCUGUGGAGCCCUCAAUCACCUGGUCACCGGCAGUUCCUUGGCAGCCCGUGACAUCUCAUAUUUCAACGGCUUGCCCAAACUGUUGGGCAUCAAGACAUCCCAUGAUAACAGCUCUGGGAGUCUAAAAGCUGCCAGAGCAGCCUCCACUGUCCUCUGCAACAUGUUCCAUUACAACAAACUGCACAAGGACUACAAACUGAAAGGAUUUGCCAGACGAGACUUCACAGAUGCCGCCAUCUAGGCUGCAGCACAUUACGUGAUUCACCCUGAGCUUUCGACCUCAGGAUCAAGGUUGCUGUGAGGAAAAAGACGAGGAACGACAGUUGAAUUCACUGAGCAGAUUAUCUUACUGUGACGGACUUACAGGAAGAGAAAAAUGGACUGGAGCCAAUGGACUUAAACCGUGUCCUCUUUCAGGUGGCUGGCUGUGUGUUUAACUUGGCUUAGCUUGCACUAGAUAGCCUGUGAUGAUGGGAAUUUAACGGUUUCAACACACACAGUGGACUUCACCCCCAAAUAUACCGUUAUGCUCUUUGACUGAUAUACUGAUAUGUUGUUUUGACACUGAUUCCAAUUUAUUUUAAACUAAUGUUUUUUUAUAGCUGAUAUAUGAUGCCCACACUAGAGAGAGAGAGAGAGAGAGAGAGAGAGAGAGAGAGAGAGAGAGAGAGAGAGAGAGAGGCUUAAAGACAUAGCAAUGUUGGUCAGUCUGUCCACCCGUAGGUCCAGACUAGGGUGACCAGACUUCCCCGUUUUCCGGGGACAGUCCCCAGUUUUGGUGGCGUGUCCCCAGUUGGAGUUGUUUCCUUGGAAACAUCCCCGUUUUAAACGACUGUGUGUUAUAAACAGGCCGAAAAGUGAAAUGAUAUCUUAUGUGGCAAGACUGGGCAGCAGAGCCUACCAGUUGACAUCUUAAAGGGGUGAUAGAAUGAUUAUAUAGGGUAUUUCACACUGUUCCUUAUGGUCUCCUAAUGGGGUAUGUAACACUGGUUGGGCUGAAAAUGGCCUGGUUGAUAUUU